AGACAUUCAUUUGGUGGGUCAUAGUCUUGGGGCACAUAUAAUGGGAUUUUGUGGCAAACAUUUUACAAACCCUAAGAUCGCGUACAUCUCUGGCUUAGAUCCGGCGGGUUUGGGAUUUUUGCGCAACGACUCACUGACCCGAUUGGCGCCUACAGACGCCUCCCUAGUAGUGGUCACUCAUACAAGCGGUGGUCUCGUUAAAUGGGGUGGGGAUGGACUGUCGAUUCAACUGAGCGGUUAUCUCGGAAAUGUUGACCCCCUCGGACACUAUGAUUUCUGGCCAAACGGAGGGACGGGACAGUCUGGUUGCGAUAACAAUGUUUUCACUCAAAUCAAGAACGCAUUUAAACCUGGUGAUUGUAACCACCAAAGGGUUCCUGUAUUACUAAUAGCUGAUAGAAGUUUGCGGAGUCCUGACAGUUGCCAAUUGAUAGCCUACCGGUGCGAUAGUUAUGAAAAUUUUUAUUCUGGAAAAUGUGGUGACUGUGGGGCUAAUGGAGACAAAUGUCGUCCACUGGGCUUUAAUUUGGAGUAUUGGAUGAAUGAGACAAAUACUAAUCCCGUGAAGGCUUUGCAAACGUUUCCCAAUAAUUAUUUUAUGAGGACAUCCGACGCGCAUCCGUUUUGUCUCUUUCACUAUCAGAUUGUCGUUUAUGUUAACCAGAACCCGGGUCUCAAUAAAUUGAGUGUCAAAGUGAAUGCAAACACGACUAUUAAAUUUGAAGGACCCUGGCUAGGCUUUAGAUCUAGCUAUCUGUACACCCAGUUGUAUACAUCCGACAAAAAUUUGGGACAAAUAAAUAAAGUUGAUAUCGAGUUCGGAAUAACAUUUCCACAGAAUAUGCCUUCAAUUUGUUGGCCAAUUGUGUGCUUAAUGUCUGAAGAGGACGAUACCAAUAGCGAUGACAAAGACAAUGGCCAUCACUACCACACUAGCCAUGAGUGUAUGUCGUCUGUUGCCAUCCUGUCCUCCAUCUCCAUCACCCCCUUGUGGUCGCACGACAUCAACAGACGCCUCUUCUAA